AUGCCCGCGCCCUGGUCCUGGGACGACAAGGCGCACCGCUGGCCGCAGCCGUUCAGCAAGCUGCGCUCCGGCGGCUGCCCGAAGCCCUACGCGAGCCGCAAGCCGCUCCUCUACUUCCGCGGCGGCUGCAACGGGCCGACCCGCGGCUGGCGCGGGCCCAUCUGGCAGUUUUACCCGCGCAAGCGCGCCAACAUCCACACGGCCUCCCGCCCCGGCGCCCUGAACAAGCACGAGUGGGGGUGGGACGCGGAGAUGGAGAAGGAGAUGCGGGCGCGCGGGCCAAAGCGCAAGAUCGAGCCCUUCGCCGCCAACUGCGGCUACCGCUACCUGCUCCACGUCGACGGCAACGUGGCCUCGAGCCGGCUCGCGCUCGCGUCGGAGAUGCACCUCGGUGCAACCAUCUUCAAGCAGGACUCCUUCUCGAGCGAGCACUUUUACCCGCUGCUCCGGCCGUGGCGCCACUACGUCCCAGUCGACCGCAGCCUCGCCGACCUCGACGAAAAGUACAGGUGGGCUAACGCAAACGCGCGCGAGGCGGAGGAGAUUGGCCGCCGCGCGCAGGCGUUCGCGCGGGAGCACCUGCACACCGGCUCGGUGGCGUGCUACUGGUGGCAGCUCCUCUCCGCCCUCGCGGACCUGCAGCCCUUUGCCCCGCGGACCGGCGCCGACCUGGGGUUCCGGCCGGCGUGA